CAAAGUUCUCUCUUUCCCCUGUCUUCCUCCAUCUUGCACUUCUCUCAAUUUAAUCUUAAAUCCACUCCAAUUUCCCUCAAGGGACGUGAUUCUCUCUCUUCCUGUAAGUAUUCUCUUUCAUUCUCUGACUUUUAUUCUCUCUGUGUUUUCAGUGCCUGCUUGUGUCCCACUGUGAAAUAAUGCCUGAGCAGGAGCCGAAAUCUCAAUCAAUUUCCUCGUGUUUGAUUGUAUUCACAAGCUAGAGGCCUUCCUUUAGACACUUAGGAUUGUAAACAAGUGAGGUGUGUGUGCAUUUGUGGGAUUGUGACUGAGCUGAUUCAGUAUGCAACACGUCAGCUUUUGCAAAGAACGUGUGUGUAUGUGUAUGUGUGUGUUUGUCUGAUCCCUUCAAACAGGCUUCCUUUGGGUGUUCUGUGGCCGGCCGGUCCAAAUCAAUAUUGUUAAUAGGUUGUGUGACUGUGUAUGUGUGUGUCUGCAUAUGUGCACUAAUGCAGCUUAUGUAGAUUCACAGCUUUCAUUGUUUGCUUCUUUUUGUGCAUGACACAUUUUGUGGUCUUCCUGUUUUGUACAAUGCUGUGUGAGUUCAUGUUUGUCCAGCAAAAUCAGAGUCUCUCUGGCUCCAACUAAAUAUUUCCAGGGGGAUCUGUCUCACUCAUGCAAGCUUCUCUCACCCCUUCCCUCUUUUUCUUCCUCUCCUCUCAAAGCACCCUCAUCUAAUUCUCUGUGUCGUUUGUUGUGUGUCUGUGGGUGGUUCUUUGUGACUCAAUGUAUGAUUAUGACAGACUGUCUAUUGGGAGGCCCGAGCAGCUCUCUGCAGUCUGCCUGUAGGUCUUUGCGUCUCUAGUUCCCCCUCAAUCUAUCUCCACUGUGCUUUGUGUGUCUCUAUCAAUAUCGGCUGGUGUCUAUCAGUGGAUUAACAAGCAUCUGUCCCCCUCUCUCCCCUGUUUCCUCCUCUGCUCCUCCCAACAGUGAGAGACAGAAGGAGAGGGGUCCAUUCCUCCUGGCAGAGCGACACCAGGAAAUUCCUCUCUCUCUCUAUCUCUCUCUCGCUCUCUCUCGCUCUCUCUCUGCAUCAGCUUCUCCAUCCUCUCCUCCGCCAUGACACUGCUGGCCUCCGAGAGGUCUCUCCUCAUCCGGAACAAGUUCCGCUCAGGUGAGGCUCCUUCAGGUCUUGAGUUGCACCAAUUAAAGAAAGAAGGAUUUGUUUUCGCACAAUGGUGGCUUUACAUCUUCUCAAUAAUUGGCAACAUUAGCAUCAAUAUGUUAAGGUGAGGUGUUGAAGGUUAUUGGCUGCUCAGUCAAGUUGUCUCUCAUAUAAUCGAUAGUUAUUGAUCAUGGAGAAUGGAUUAAGUGAUUGCUACUCUUCAGAUGGGGAUGUUUUGAAUAUAUGUGGAGACAGUUGAGCCAGAAGCUAAAGAUCUUUGCAUGUGACUGUGUGACGCUGGUUUGUUGAUACACAUGUUAAAAAAGACAGAUGACCUCUAGGUUGAGGUUAAUUUAAAACCUCCCAGAGAGGGAAAGAUAGUUGGGACGAGAAGAGAUCAUGCAACAAAUAAAAAGCACAAAAUCACAAAAGACGCUCCAAAACAGGACAGCAGAUUUAGACCAUGAACUCUAAUAUAAAAAACAACAGGAGUCAACCAUGAGCGAGUGCGGAUAGAGGGAGAUAAAAGAGGAUAUGUGUGCUGAUAUCAACCUUAAAGAAAAACCAGACAGGUAAAAAAGAAAAUUCACAUUUGUGAAUUUAAAAUUUGCAUCUUAAAAAAGGAACCCAAGCAAAAAUCUGUAGGUAUGUGAUUUUCCCUGAUUUCCACACUUAAAACGCAACAACUAGAAAUGUUCAAGUAAUUUUAUAAUUUUAUAACAAAAGUGCUUUAAAUGUAAAGCAGACAGUCCUUUGAGAACCUAAAGUCAGAACAACCAAAGAGUAGCUCGUCAGAGAGUUUGACAAACUACUUCCAGGAGACAACCAGCUAGCUGCUACAAACAGGAACCACUGGGACUGCUGCAUAAUGUACGUUUCCCUACAAGUCGUAGCGUCUGCUCUUGUGUUCCCACGCAGCUGUCGUAAAUGACUGGUAAAAUAGAGUGGCAAGGAAACGACAUGGAGACAGCCCCCUAAGGUGCUCCAACACCUGCUGGAAAACGUGAUUCUUCAGGGCAGCUGCUCUGUUUGAGUUUGUGUUUGUAUGCAACAGGGGAACGUUUCAGUCAAACUCAUGGUCAUACUUUGUGCAGACACUUUGUUUCCAUUUUGUUCUUUAUCAAUUUAUAAUUGAUUCGUGUUUUUGUUGACCGCUGACAUGACAUUUGGACUUAAUCAAAGAAAAAAUAUGCAUCGUGUUACAAGGUCAGUGUCAACAAAAUGUGGCACUCCUAUAAAAACAGUGAUGAGGCACCUCAGAAUAGACAGUGUACUUUGAAAGCCUCAUUAUAGCUUGUAUGUGUCGAUGAAUAUAAUUAGAAUAUCCUUCUAGAUCGCUAAAUUUGAUCUAUUAAAAAGUUGUAAUUAAUUGCUCUUGUUUCCUUUUGGUUUAUUUUAUUUAAUCCUGUUAAUCCUUCAAAGAUGCCUCUCAGAUUUGUUGAAGGGUUGACCCUCAGGUUGGGAACCACCAUGUUAUGUAAUGUAUGUAAUAUGAUUUAAGGCAGGGCUUAGGACUUGAGCUGGACCUGCAGUUUAAACAAAAACAGUCUACUGUAGACACUCCCUCACUCUCGAAUACACACACACAGACACACACACCCAACAGAUGCAUCAAAGUGACCAACACUGUUUCUCAAAGUUUCAUGGUGACAGACUCAGUCUGCCUUCUUGGAUCCUGAUUUUGUCAACAUCCAACUUUUGUUUUGUAUGGUCGAACAGGCAGCAGAGCAGGAAGAGUAUAGUUAGCGACACAAAUGCAGAUGACGUGAGGCGGCUUGUGGAGAGAGCGGGACAGCUGAUGGGGGGAUGGGACCACAGAAAUAGACAUACUGAGAGAUAAAUAGUUCCUGCCCUCCCUGCCCCCCCUUUGCUGUCUACCCCCCUCUCCUCCUCUUGCCAGGUCUCAAAACUCACCGAAAUGUAUCAUGGGAGGGAGAAGGGCACACGGUGUGACAAGUCCAGUUCUACCCAACUUUACCUUUUUGUACACUGAAUGUUCAUGUAUGUGCGCAUGCAUACCUGUGGCGUGAAGGUGUGUGUUCAGGCAUGCAAGAGGAUAUGUAAUCUAACACCGAAGAGUCAUGAGGUGAUAUAUAGGUUACAGUUUCAGAUCAUUUCACAGGUAUCAGGUUGUCCUGUAUUUCUGACCUGAUACCUUCUCUACAUCAGCGUCACUCUUUUUUUGUCUCAGAUAGUUCCUCCUUCAUUGAGAAAUCAAACUAAGCUCCUGUUUCAUCAGUGAAACUUGUGUUAUUUCAUCGUUUUUAACACAGUGAACUCGAUCUCUGCUCUUGUCUUUCAGUGCUGCAGUUGAGGAUUCAGAACCGAAGGCAGAGUGAGAUCAAUGCAGACCCUGGUUAGUCUUUGACAAUCAUUUACAUUGUGAUUGAUUAGCUACACAACAAGGCUAGGCUACAUUUCAUAAAAAUGAUCUUCAGAUCACCUUAUUUCACUCCAGAUGAUUGACUAUUGAUCUGGAAAUGCCUUUGUAGGUUGAUCAUAUUGACCAGAUAAAACUUCCUUUAGAUUUUAUAAUCCGAGUCAUCAUUGUGUCUUACAGUAGUCUUUAAACGCCAAUUAAGCAUGCUGUUAUAUUUCAUUAUCCAAAGAAAAUAUUAGAUAUGAUAAUUGCUCAGAUGUCAUGGAUAAAUGGACGGCACUGGGCGCACAAUUGUGCACAGUAUUAAAAAUGAACAAGUCUGCUAAGAGCCACACACACAGCAGCUAUUAGAGGUGGGGUUUUUUUCAUUAAAACACAGUUUCAUUUUGAAAGGCUGCUCAUAAUUAGGAGAAUUUUUAAAAUUUGGAUAAGAGUAAAUGCAUAAAUAUAAUCACAUGAAAUAUAACAACACAUUUUUGAUAAUUGGCUUUUUCUGAUGAUAAAAGUGUAAGUAGAUAUGUCAUUGACAAAAAUGACAAAGAAGUUGUUCUGACAGUAGAGGGAUUGAUGUGUCAUGGAGGGCCGAGUUAAAGGCUAAAAGGGUCUUCUUGAUGCACUGGAUUUUUAAAGUUGCUCUUUAUUAUAAAAAAGCAGUUAAAAAUAAAAGAUAGAAGCGUUAAAAUGACGGUCCUGGUUUAAAAAAAUAAUCACGUCUUGUUUGUCUUCAUAGGGUUGAAGUCAACUUGUACCGGUCAAAAAACAGAGAAAGACCAGAGUGAAGUAAGUGUCAUCAUCUUUAAAAGAAGCUCAUAACGGUGCAGUUAACUUGGCUGUGAGAAAAACUCGAUAUACUGUAGAUCACAAUGUUCAAUAUGCAGAAGGUCAGUGUUUCCCCAGCAUCUGGUGAGUUAGGACCAACAUAUGUGACUGAUUUUAGAGGUAAAUCCUCUGAACACAGGACCUUACAGUUGUUCUGAUGUAGGUUUAAUGAGGCAGCAUUAGCGCUAAAGUACGCUUAUGUUUGAUCUUCUAAUUAUUGGGUUGAAUUAAAACGGCCAUGGCUGUUGGCUUGACCUGCUGUUUUCUGAUGCAGCGUCUAACUGAUGACGGUGCCGCUCAGAAGUUGCCCCCUAGUGGUCUCAACACUGAAACUACAUCAGGUAAUGCCUUGCCCUUAGACAUACUGCUGUCUUCUUCCUGCUUUACCCCGAAUGCUCCUGGCAAAAUGCAUUGCAACACAUUUCUCUGCCUCUCUCACCUUCUUUAUGCUUGUACUUUAUCUGAUCUGCGCUGCUUUCUGCCUCCUCUUGUGUAGUGGUUGUGCAAGGAAAUGAAGCAUGAAAAUCUGGCAGUGGGCUCGGUGUUUCAUCAGCUGUCAGUUAAACAGAAAUGUGACCUUGUUGUACACUCUAACUGCAUUUUAAGCAGUCUGCAAACAUAUCAGUGAUUGACAGCACAUGAUAAACCUGCCCAUCCGAGGAUCAGAGUCAUCAUUUUCUGCCGUCGCUGACAUCUUUCUCUCUAAUCUGCCGUUCUCUCUUUAUCUCUGCCUUCCCUCUCAACAGCCUCUAACCUUGCUUUUAAUUUGAAAAGAUUACUAGUAUCUGUCUUUUCAAAUUGUCUGAUCCCCCAGACAACCCUUUUCUGCUCUUUAGAAAAUAUGAUGUGAGGUGUGCCUAUGUGUUAAAUAUCCAGGGGAAUAUGUCUCCCAAUGGGCCGUCUGUUUACCAUUUUUUGAUGCUGCCGCUGGUUUGAAUUGGGACUGAUUGCCUGUGGCGUGCACGCUCACAUCACAUAUGUUCGGACUCCUGUUGCUUCUCUCUCUCCAAUUUCCUCCUCUCUCUUUCUGCUGAUCUCCCAUCUGUCUCCUUCUUUCUUACUUAUCUGCACCACCCUCUUCCCCUCCUGCCCACAGAGAAGACUGUGUGUGGCGCCCAGAGGCACAAGAAGGCUCGCCAGGCGCAGGACCUUGCUGACAGGAUCCAACGUUUGCCCGGGCCUGUUCAGCAACCACAGGAAAAACCUACACUGCCUCUGGAGAACCGUGAGUCAACACACAUCCUGGCACACAGAAUUACACACAGUCCUUCUUAUUUCCCACCCUCCAAUCUUCCUCUGCUCCUUCUUUGACCUCACCUUCUUUCUCUCUUCAUUUCCUCAGGCUCGGCCUCUUUCCCCCUACCUGCUGGUGUCUUCGAAGAUGACAUCUCCUGCUCCUCCUCCUCCUCUCCCACUGAGCAACAUGGCCUCCACCAGUCCACAGCCUUUUCUUCACUGCCGGGGCUCUCAGGUGACCAGUUACUGAGUGACUUCUCAGCUGUGGCUCCCCCUCUUAACCACAGUCCUGCUCAAACUCAGGUGAGGCAAUGCAAUCGAAGUUUGAGCCUCCUCUUAUAUCUCACUCUGUGCAUUCUUGAUGUCUUUCCUUCCCUCUUUUCCUCGCAGCAUUUUUUAGUUUAAUGUAUUGUGUCAUCUCUGUCAGACAGGAUGAAAAAUCAGUGAUUCAAGCACAGAUGCAAGAUCUUAUAUAAAAAACACGCAGGUGAAAAUGAUUCAACAACUUCAUCAAAGGGAAGGGAAAAGUCAAAGCUGUAAAACACACAGUUAUUAAAAAAUGUUCCACCAUGACGUGAGGAACAGUUUCACCUGUGGACUGUUUCCAUUUGAAGUAUUUCAUCCCUAGUUUAAUCUUUUGGACCCUAGCAUACACUUAACAUUCUGCUGUUUAAAUAACAAAGAAGGUGAAAAACAUUUAAAUCAAUUUUGCCCAAAUAUAUAGAUGGGAAAUAUUAUGUGUCUGAAUUGGCUCUGAAGAAGUCGCCACUUUCUUGCCACUUUGUCAGCACUUUGUCACCACUGCUUCAGUGUUGACAGUCUCCCUUUUCCAUGUUUUGUUUAUCAAUCAAUCAAUCAAUCAAUCAAUCAAUCAAUCAAUCAAUCAAUCAAUCAAUCUUUAUUUUUAAAGCACUUUUCAUACAUAGAAUGUAGCACAAAGUGCUGUCCAUUCGCACACGAAAUUAAAAAACAAUGAAAUAAAAUAAAUGAAAAUACAAAUACCAAACCCAACCCAUCCUCCCAACCCCAAUUCAACACAUACAGCACUCACACGCUCACAAACAGAUGCAUAUACAAAAGACCGGGUGAGGACUCUUCAACUUGCCACAGAUGACUGAGGAAACGCUAUCUUGAGUUAAAAAAAUGGGGAAACACUUGAUCUAGGAUUAAAAUGAUAAAACAAUGAUAAAAUAUAAUAAAGGUGAUAGAGCAUUAAAAGUUAAUUAAGUAAAACAGUCUUUAAAUCAGACAAUAACCAAAAGUAAAUUAAUAAAGAGGUAAAACACAAAAUAGUUACUCUAGGACUAAAAUAGGGUAAAAUCACGUAACGCAGAUUAAAAGAUUAAAACAAAAUUCAACUAAAAGCCAGACUGUUUAAUACACUUAAAGUUUGAAAUUAGUCACAUCCUGCCCGGAUACACAGAUGAAGUGCCUUUCCCUUUUUUUGGAAGUUGUAUUUUUGGUCCUUUACCUUCAUUUAGAGACAUAACAGUGUAUAUAGUUGGAAAUCAGGGGAGAGUCUGUGUGGGCGCCCCAGAAAGGGCCCUCUUUAAAUGAGUCCUAUCCAAUAAGGUUCAAACUGGCCUUGAUGUGUCCUGAAGAUGCAAAAUAAAAUAACAAUUUUCUUUCAAUAGACAUUUACUGCAAACGUAGUUAUAAGUUGGCAGACCCAUUAAAAGUACAAAAAUAUGUGCAGCUAUUAUGAAUCUUCUCAAAUCCUUGCAUGGAUGCUGGGAUAUUUGUGGGGCAACAUUAAUAAAAUGCCAAAUUUGUACGUGGGGGGUCAAGUUUUAAAUGCCCAUAGUGAAGUGUGUGAACAGUGCAGCUGAAGUCGACUGCCUUGUAGGUGUUGCUCCAUUAAAGCUUUAGUGACAGUACUGUUUUAGAAAAGAGGGUAGAGGUAUUAAUGCCAAUAUGUAAGAGGCUAAUUUUAAAAAAUGACAGAAAAAUACAUAAUCAUGACAUAAAACAGUGUCUUUAAUUAUUUUUAUUUUAAGGUAUAUUUAAAAUUUAUAUUAUGUUUCAUGGAAGGCUUAAAAAACCUCUUAUGGCUUUUCUUUCCUGGAGGAAGGAAGAAAAAAAAGAACAUAAAAAGAGAAACAGAGAAAAGAGAAAAGCCCUCAGGUUCUGUGAUACAGUCAUGUAUCACACGAUGCUAGCAGCAACAAGGAAGCCUGUUAAAUUAAUUCUCACCAGUAACCUCUGAUUAACACAUUAAAGUGAAUAUUAACAGACUGAAGAGUUUAUAAAUAGCCUCCUCUGCCAACUCUGAUAAUCUGAUAUUCUGCUUUCAGUCUGGUUUGGCGUUGCUCCCGGCAACCGAGGGCAUCAGACAGCCGCUGAGUGUAACACUGAGUGAAUCAAACUCCAUGGCAACCACUGGGAGACUGAACGGGAUGUAUGUGACCUCUCAGACCACACCACUGCUGCCAAAGGUAAUGUGGGGUUACUGGAUACUAAUAAAACCCCACUGUGGUCACUUAAGUCUCAUGUUUUGGCUCAUUUAAAUUUUAUGAGGAUCCGUUUUAGUUUUAAUCUUUUCACAGCUUUUCCACAUAAAACUUUGAUCAAGAAUGCAAGCUCAACAACAGAGUAAUAAAACAAUUUAUCCAGACAAAUAAUGCAGAGAUUGUGUAUGCUGAAGUGACUGCUUUGGCGACAGACCCAGCAGGUGUACACCUGAAACGAUAAAAGAGCAUUAACCUAACAGGACGGUCACUCCUCUGUUUUGUCACACACAGCGCACAACUCUGUGCUGUUCUGCAUUCAUUACUGUCAAUUUACACUUCUGGGGGAGCUCAGUACUUGCCCCGUAGGUUAACACAUUCACACACAAGCAGCAUGCUGUAUGUCAGCCAACCAGCACAUGCUGUCAUCUGGAGAUUUGUGAGGCAUUUGUACAAUUUCAUGUUAGAGUCUAACCUUGACACGGGGCAAAUGCUGUCAAACAACGUGAAAUGACUUGAUGCUUUGUACAUGCUUUUCCAUAUGCUUAGAGUUACACACCAGCUCCUCAGUUUGGUUACAGAAUUAUAAAACAUGAGCAAAACAUAUGUUCACAGACAGCUCGGCCUCCCAGCCCCACCACCCCCUCCACUCUGCCCUCCACCCUCAACUUCACCCAUCUCCCUCGCCCACGGAAACCGCGGGACACCAAACCUAAAAUGAGGACACUCACGUAUCACCAGUACAUUCCUCCAGAUCAGAGAGGAGGGUCUGGGACGGGAGGUAAUCUACGUGUAAACGAUAAUCUAAUGCUUAAAUUUUCAGCACUACUCAAAAACUCUUUUUACUCGUUCAGUCCAGGUUAACUCUGUUAUUAUUUUUACAGGGACCAAACAGAAGAGCCCUACUCCGACUUUAGACCCAGCCUAUUCCAAUCUCCUGAAGCAGCAGCAGGUCAUCCUCCAGCUGCAAAUCCUACAGAACCAGCAGCAACAACAACAGCAACACCAACAGCCACAACAGCAAGUCAUGGUUGUGCCCAGGUAUGCAAUCAGAUCGAUUGUAUUGAUAGCACUAGCUCAUUCAAAUGGAGCCUGUUCUCUCUGCGAUGUUCUGGGAGGUUAAUUUGUCUGUCAUUUCUCCAGUGUAGAUCACAAUGAUCUAGUUAAGUCCUCUGGAGCCAUGCCCCUAAAUCCCCAACCUGUUCCUGCUACGACAAACCAAACACCAACGGACACAAACUCUGCUGCCAAACCUGAACCUCUACCUGCAAAUCUUGUCGAUCUAACUGUAAGAAAAGCAUGAAAGCACUCAAAGAGAAAUACUCUUCACAAUUCAUGUUCACAGCUUAAAUAUAACACCUGCUUUCCUCUUUCCUAAGGUGUCAGAGUUGAGACAGCACCUUCGAAAGCGUGGCCUCCCUGUCUCUGGCACUAAACCUACUCUACUGCAACGUCUCCGCCCCUUCCAGCUCCCCCACUCAAGCCCCACCCCUGCUCCUCUUUGCCAGCUGGGUACCAGCCUGGAGCCCCUUACCCCCUACCUCCCACUGCCACCCAGCCAGAGCCCCAGCUCAAGCUCCAGCUCUGGACUAGACUCACCCAACAGGAGUCCAAACCAACAGAUUUACAUCCUGGACAGGGGAAUUCCUAAUGGGAUUCUCAGUGACACUCCAAAUGGAGCUCCUGAUGGAAUUCUGAACACGGUGUCAAACGGUUUCCCAGCGGGUGAAAACAGUAGUCUUACCAACACUGUCUUCUUAGCUCCUGCUAGCACAGCCUCAGGAACCCCAAGUCCCAGUCUACCCAUGUCAUCGUCUUCGACCCUGCAGUGCGGGACUUCAUGGAGAACCGAGAACGAGAAGCAGCAGCAACAGCAGCAGGAGCUGAGUGUGGAGCUGGAGAUGAGGGAGAGGUUAAGGAGCAGGCCCAGGGACCGCUCCACUAACACCAGUAAAGAGGUGAGCAAACAUGGGCAGGUAGCUUUGGUUGACUAGUUGCAGGAGAAAAGCUCAUGUAACAAAGAUUACUACAGUCAUAAUAAUUCUUCUUAUUUUCUUCUUACUCCUCCAGUCCUGUGGAGGAUCUCUUCAUCCUUUCCUGCAACAGGACCCCGGAUGCUCCAGAGGCAAGAAAGAAACAGAUGCACAGGCAGAGGUGCUGUACACACAGGUAAACACACAAGCAACACAGCCAUAUCCCAUAUAAUCCCUUUGCAAGGCUGCGCUACACCACCUUCAAUCUGGUAAACUGUUCAAACAUGUGAGCACAACACCCGCCAACCAAUUUAUCUCUGCCUUCCAAUCAGGUUUUUUGCUGCCAACCCUGCGAUGUGAUUGGCCAGGAUUUUGAGCUGCCAGUGCAGAUUACAGCAAGCCCUGUUCAAACCUCGCCCGGUGUUCGCAGCUUGGAGGAAGAACUUCAAGAGGCCAUCCAGAGAGCACAGGUUAGAGACUGCAGGAUUUAGGAUAAGCUCCCCAAAGUUAAUCCAGGCGCUGCCUUCCUGAACAUGUUGGGACAUGACCUGAUGAUGCUGCUUUUUUGAGAACAAGCAAAAGUUGAAGUGUGUGUUUUAAACUUCCCCCCUCUCCUCUUCAAAGAUGGACCCUCGGCAGUCCAUAGACGACAUCUUGGAUGAGUCGAUUACUUGUAUUGGUUAGUAUGUUCCACAAGUAUAGUAAAACAGUUUGGAUAACUGAUAACAAUACCUGUGUCAAAUCCCUUUCACUACCUCUCCUACAGGCUCUGACGGUGUCUCUGAUCAUAAAUCCCCUGCCCAGACAGUCCCUGGACCCUCUCCUCCUCCUCCUCCUCCUCUUCCUCAGCCUGAUCAGUCACAAGCCUCCCAGCAGCACAAUAAGGAUGACAGCUUUCUGCCCUCACCUCUUUGCUCAUCCCUCCUGCUGGAGCUCCCUCCGUCUCCAGCUGUAAUAAACCCAAACCAGGUGAUCCCAGCUCCUCCUCCACCCCCUAUCUGCACAUCUCCUUUGUCAUCUACUGGGAAGUCUAGAAAGCGACGAGCUCCGACACUGUUUGAUGCUGCUGACUGGCUUGAAACGAUGACGUCUGGUCUUCAUCCUCUUACUCCACCAGCUCCAUUUGUUGAGCCAGACUUCAGUCUGGAUUCAGAUCUAAAUGUCAGUCGAGUGUUGGAUCUAAUGAUAGAGCAGUGGUGAGGACUUGUGUGUGUGUGCAUUUCUGUUUGUUACUCCGUAUGUAAAGUAGAUGAAAAUAUUUUUUUGAUUUUGAAUGGAGCAAAACAUUUGCAUCCAACAGAGGGCACAAGAUUGUGAAUCACUGAAAGGCUGUCAGUCACUAGCUCCACGCAAUGUCGAGAGCUGGAUUUAUUGCUGGCUCUGAUGGGGCAUUGAGAGCGCAAACAAAUGCACACACGUUUGCACACAAACACGCCACUGAGGGCUGUUUCAAAGAACUUUGGCUCAUCUAGAAAUGGCAAAUGGGCAACACAUCUGUGGGCUGACACUCUCCACUGCACAAUGUUUGCCGUAAUGAACAAAAGAAAACCUGGUGGCAAAUUAAUUUAAACAUGCUUCCUGGCUGCGCCGGGAGAAUGUUGUUUCUGACUUAUCUCCAAAAACCGUUGUAGGAUUGGGUUGAGUGUGGCCCCCGGUGUUGACUCAGUCAUUGAGACCCAGCCAUUCAUAAAACCCUUUCGAAGUGUGUAAAAGCCAGGCAGAGCACACAGCUUGUGUGUGGCUCCAGACCUUAACCUCUGUGCCAGACACACAGUCGGCAUGCAGAGAGAGAAAGCUGGCAGAGGCUACAAGCAAGCUGAGUGUGUGUGUGGCCAUGAGGACGUGCAAGCGGGAUGUAUGUGUAAGCUUUUGUGUAAAUAUGUCAAGUAUGUGUGUCUUUUAAAAGUCCGACUGUGUACGACUGUGCACAUGAGGCUGCUUCUGUUUGCAUGUGUCAACAGCCGAAUGCUUUCAUGUAUAUUAAUAAGCGUUAAUGUCAGAUGCACUUGUAUUUAUCUGUUUGCUUGUAAUUAAGUGUUUCUGUACGUGUGUGGUGUGAUUGAUCUAUGAGAGGACACGUGUGUGAGACAGAAAAGAAGACAUGGGUUUCUGUGUCCACAUUUCAGACCAGACAUUUCAUUGUAGUCUCAAUGCCAGCAGGCAGUAACCCCAGUGUGGUUAUCCAGUCUAAUCAUUAGAACAACCACAUUACCUUGUUCAAGUCGCUGUUCUCCAAGAGAGCAAUCAGGCAAC